GAUCCGGUCCUCAGAUUAGGGAACAGUUAAGGCAAUGACGCACCUCCCCUCCUAAUUUUUUUUUAUAGCAUGUGGAGAUACACAGGUCGCUGUUUUUCCCCCCAGUUAUUUAAGAUAUUUAACUGCAGGCAGAAUACCAUCAAAAUAAUUAUUCCACAAUGCUUUUAUUCAAUCCCUGUGGUGCGAGGGCGAAGAAUAUGGAGACUCCAGUAUCAGGAUAAAGGCUGAGGUUUUGACAGGAAGGUCGGUGUUAUACUCUCGCCAACUUGUUUGGCUUCCAGAGCACACUGUGUACUACUGUCCCUGCUGCUUGCCAGUGGUGGUCUGCCCUCUACAGCUAUCGCUGCAGGGGACCGUGUCGCAUAUUUCCCUUCAACCUGUCGUUUGUCGGCACCUGGCUUGCCUUUGGACAAGGACGUUGGCAGUCAAGUAGUUCCAAAGGCACCAAAAAACUCAAUUAAUGAUCAAGUAUCAGCCUCAUCAACCCCUUGCCAGGUGAGACGUCCGGCUUUGACUGUAAGAAUUAAUGUGCCUGAGAGUCUGACACAAGUCUGUUCCAUGGCUACCUUGGGCUCCACUUUUCCUGCCUCCAUUACUGCCGUUGUGCCUGAGGGUUUCCAUUAUGAAACCAAGUACAUUGUGCUCAACUACUUGGGAAUGCUGCCUGUUAGUAGAUCACACACACAAACUACAGCUCAAGGAGAUGCCCAGAAUGAGAGAGAGAGGACUAGAAUGAUAAAAGGGCAGAUAGAGGAAGAGCUGAGGCAACUGGAAGAUGAAAUCGCUGCCUCCUCUUCCACUACAGGCUUCGACCGCCACUCAUCACUGGUGUUCAGUCCGGCCAACCCAGAGACCUCUAUUGAAGACUGCCUUGCUGUGAUGGGAGACCGGGUGGCCAGAGACCUUCACACAUACCUGGCAGCAGCUGUAAACACACUCCUCACAGGACCUCUGGACUAUCAGAGAUUCAGAGAGACAACACUGGUUCUCUCAACACACACACAGGGAGGCUGGAGCAAGGUGCUAGUGCCUUUGGUGCUGCUCCAGGCUUUACAAAGCGAGGGCCAGUCCGUGACAACUCUGUUGCAUCUGGGGGUGCGCUUCCUAGAGGAGGAUGAAGCUGAACACAUCAUCCAGCUAGGGGGAUGGGGUGAAAUAUUCAGGCUUGAGUCAGAGGAGGAGCAAGGUGCGACCAUUGCUGAAGACAGCAACGACAUAUACAUCCUCUCAGGGGAGCAACAUCCAGACCAGCUAAGCCCUCCUUCGUCACUACUCUGCACUGGAGACAACAGCAGUGAGCAGAGCUCCUGGCAGACAGAAAGCUUACCUGUGUCUCUGGCCGGCCACGAGUCUUGGGCACAGGUCGGUGCGAUGGACCCUGAAGACGUCAAGAGCCUGGACAGCAAUGAGGGUGUGGCUCUGGCUGAGGAGCGCAGCGAAAACAACUCCUCAAACUCGGACAUUGUCCACGUAGAGCGGGAGGAGGCUGAGCUGCUGGAGGAAGGCGGUGAAGUCGGAGCGAUAGAGGAGAGCAUGAUGAGCGUUUUAGGCACGGAGAGUGAGCUGGCUGAGCUCAGGGAGGAAUUUAGGGACCAGACUCCACCUGUUCCACUGUCAGCCGAGGCAGACUCCACAGCCCCGGCCUCCCUGAUUUCAUUAGAGGAGCCAGUUGUAAUAGAGACGCCUGCAAGCUUGUCAGCAGAACCUUCCCUCAUCUCCUCAGAAUCAGAGCUGCCUCCUCUGUCCCCAGAAGCUGCUACGCCCCCUCCUGCUGAGCCAGAACCUGCAGCACCUUUACCUGUUUCUGGUGUAGAACCACAGCCUGAGCCAGAACCAGCUGUUGCCACUGCACCAGUGCCUGCUGAGAUGGCACUCCCAUCUCCAGCCAAGGAAACCCCUACAGCACCAGCAGGGCCUGAAGCCAUAUCAGAAACAGCUCCUGAACCAGAACAGGAGCCGGAGCCCGUCGCAGUGCCUCCCCAGCCAGAGCCAGAGACUGUGGCAGAGCCAGCUCUGGCCCCGCUAGCUGCACCCGUGGUCUCAGAGGCUGCAGAGGCCCCUGUAGAAGCCCCAGCUGAGGAGCCUCCAGUGCAGCUGGAGCCACCAUCUGAGCUCCCAGUGCUGCUUUAUGGAGGUGCUGCACUGGUGGUCCUUGCUGCUGUAAUGGCAUACGGGGUCCUUAGCUACAGGAGGAAGUAGAAUAAAAAGGUAUCUUUCUCAGGGGAGGAGAAUGCAAAUUACAAGAUUUUGAGGUAGAAAUAAAUAUAUUCGUAGGCACGUAGUGGGAUUCUCCUUCAAAAUGUGUUGGAUUUAUCAAAUGAGGCUGAUUUUUUUUUUUUUUUUUUUCCCCUUUCUGGUACACUUUUGAACGUUUCUCCUCAUCCUCCACAACCUUAUUGCUGAGUCCUCACUGCUUCACUUCACCAGGUACAAACACAGAAAAGGCGAAAACAAUGCACUCCACUGUAUUCCUGAUCUUCUUACUUGGAACUUAAUGUUUAAAUUCUUAAGACUCCAGCCUUUCAUCUCCUAGAAAGGAAAGUGUGUGACCUUUACCCCUAUCCUGCUAGUUUUGGUUUCUGUUGUAUCUGUGGCUUUACUGUUGCGAUUGUUGUGUGCCAUUAGAGUCAGUGUUAGCUACAUGCAAAAUUCACUGACAACGCUCUCUUAGCUAAAUAAAACCUCCAAGUCCACAUUUACUAUUGCUGUGUGAAUUCAGGUUUACUUGCUCUCUAUCUAUGCAGCAAAAUGGCCUCUAUUUACAUUUUUCACCUUAGACUGUGAUAAGUUAUUCUGAUACUUCCUCUGAUAAACAAACCAAAUGUAUAACAUGGAAAUGAAACCAGUAAUGUGAUUUUUUUU